UUUUGUUCCGUCUGCCUGUAGCCAGCAACCCCGAGACGCGAAUAAGACGGGACAUAGGGCUGCCGAGAGAGACCGUGACUCGACAGUAUAGCUUCAAUACUUUCACACAGCAUCGGUCCAUAGGCGGUGGACGUUGAGCUUUUGAACUUCUGUUUUCAGACUCGCCAAGAAAUUCAUUUCCUCGUUGUUAUCGACAAAGUUUGAUACACACGAGGAGCGGUUUGCUGACACUGAGGGUGGACAGAGAAGGAUUAUUGAUGUCCAGCUCGCCGCUGUCCAGGAAGCGUCGCUUGUCAGGAUCAGAGACGAAGACGGGAUCCCACUGUUCCUCCUCCAAAUCUGUCAGAACUGAACUGUCCUACACACCCGCUAACGGCAUGGCUAAGAAUGGCAGUGACGCUGAGAUCGAUGAAGGCCUCUACUCCAGACAGCUGUACGUGCUGGGCCACGAGGCCAUGAAGCGCAUGCAGACCUCCAACGUCCUGAUCUCCGGAAUGCGCGGCCUCGGCGUCGAGAUCGCCAAGAAUGUCAUCCUGGCCGGGGUCAAGAGCGUCACCCUGCACGACCAGGGCGUGGCCGAGUGGCGCGACCUCUCCUCACAGUUCUACCUGCGUGAGGAGGAUCUGGGCAAGAACCGUGCCGAUGUCAGUCAGAGCCGGCUGGCCGAGCUCAACAGCUACGUCCCCGUGGCCUCCUACACCGGGGCCCUCACCAACGACUAUCUCACCCAGUUCCAGGUGGUGGUGCUGACCAACUCCAGCCUGGAGGAGCAGCAGCGGGUGGGAGACUUCUGCCACAGCAAGAGCAUCAAGCUGAUCAUCGCAGACACACGCGGCCUCUUUGGGCAGCUGUUCUGUGACUUUGGUGACGACAUGAUGGUGUUUGACCCCAACGGUGAGGAGCCGCUCAGCGCCAUGAUCUCCAUGAUCACCAAGGACUCUGCUGGAGUGGUGACUUGUCUGGAUGAGGCCCGUCAUGGGUUCGAGAGUGGCGAUUAUGUGACCUUCACAGAAGUUCAGGGCAUGACAGAACUCAACGGUUGCCAGCCGGUAGAAAUCAAAGCCCUUGGGCCCUACACAUUCAGCAUCUGCGACACAACCUCCUUCACUGACUACGUGAGGGGAGGCAUCGUCAGCCAGGUCAAGAUGCCCAAGAAGAUUUCCUUUAAAUCGCUGUCGUCCUCCGUGGCCGAGCCAGAGUUCAUGCUGACCGACUUCGCCAAGUUUGACCGUCCUGGGCAGCUGCACGUGGGCUUCCAGGCUCUGCACGCCUUCGAGAAGAAGCACAGCCGGCCACCCAAGCCCUGGAACCAGGCGGAUGCGGAUGAGCUUGUGGCGCUGGCCGGGGAGGUGAACGGAGCCCAGAGCGACGCUGCCAAGCAGGAGCAGCUGGACGAGGGCCUGCUGAAGAAGCUCAGCUCCGUCGCCGCCGGAGACCUGGCGCCCGUCAACGCCUUCAUCGGCGGCCUGGCUGCACAGGAGGUCAUGAAGGCCUGCACGGGGAAGUUCAUGCCCAUCAUGCAGUGGCUGUACUUUGAUGCCCUGGAGUGCCUGCCUGAAGAGGACGGAGUCAUGCCUACAGAGGAGGAGGCCGCACCUAGGAACUCUCGGUAUGAUGGCCAGGUUGCUGUGUUUGGGACUAAACUUCAGGAGUUGCUGGCCAAGCAGCGCUACUUCCUGGUGGGUGCUGGAGCCAUUGGCUGUGAGCUGCUGAAGAACUUUGCCAUGAUGGGGCUGGCCGGCGGAGAGGGAGAGAUCAUCGUCACCGACAUGGACACCAUCGAGAAGUCCAACCUCAACCGACAGUUCCUCUUCAGGCCCUGGGACGUCACGAAGAUGAAGAGUGAGACAGCGGCGGCCGCCGUCAAGCAGAUGAACCCGGCGGUCCGCAUCACUGGCCACCAGAACCGGGUCGGACCCGACACAGAGAGGGUGUAUGAUGACGACUUCUUCGAGAGCCUGAACGGUGUCGCCAACGCCUUGGACAACGUGGAUGCCCGUAUGUACAUGGACCGCAGGUGUGUGUACUACCGCAAGCCCCUGCUGGAGUCUGGCACUCUGGGCACCAAGGGCAACGUGCAGGUGGUCAUCCCCUUCGUCACCGAGUCCUACAGCUCCAGCCAGGACCCGCCGGAGAAGUCCAUCCCCAUCUGCACACUCAAGAACUUCCCCAACGCCAUCGAACACACGCUGCAGUGGGCCCGUGACGAGUUUGAGGGACUCUUCAAGCAGCCUGCUGAGAACGCCUUGCAGUAUCUGACAGACCCCAAGUUCAUGGAGCGCACCCUGAAGCUGCCCGGUGCCCAGCCCCUGGAGGUCCUGGAAGCCGUCUACAAGUGCCUGGUGACCGACCGGCCGCACAGCUGGGACGAGUGCGUCACCUGGGCACGCCACCACUGGCAGUGCCAGUACAGCAACAACAUCCGGCAGCUGCUGCACAACUUCCCACCUGACCAGCUCACCAGCUCAGGUGCCCCAUUCUGGUCCGGUCCAAAGAGGUGUCCUCACCCCCUAGAAUUCGACACCAACAACGAGCUGCACAUGGACUACGUGAUGGCUGGGGCCAACCUGCUAGCCCACUCCUACGGCCUGCCCGGCUCCAGGGACCGCGACAACGUAGUCCGUAUCAUGCAGGAUCUCAAAGUGCCCACAUUCACACCCAAGUCCGGGGUCAAAAUCCACGUCUCCGACCAGGAGCUCCAGAACUCCAACGCCUCAGUGGAUGACUCCAGGUUAGAGGAGCUGAAGACCCUGCUGCCUGCCUCCGAGUCUGCAUCUCAAUUCAAACUCCUUCCCAUUGACUUUGAGAAGGACGAUGACAGCAACUUCCACAUGGACUUCAUCGUGGCAGCAUCCAACCUGAGGGCCGAGAACUAUGACAUUCCUCCUGCUGACAGACACAAGAGCAAGCUCAUUGCUGGGAAGAUCAUUCCGGCCAUCGCCACGACGACGGCUGCCGUGGUGGGCCUGGUGUGCCUGGAGCUGCUGAAGGUGGUGCAGCAGCACAAGAAGCUGGAGUCCUACAAGAACGGCUUCAUGAACCUCGCCCUGCCCUUCUUCGCCUUCUCAGAGCCCAUCGCCGCACCCAAACACAAGUACUAUGAGAUUGACUGGACGCUGUGGGACCGCUUUGAGGUGAAGGGACUGCAGCCAAGUGGGGAGGAGAUGACCCUGCGAGAGUUCCUCGACUACUUUAAGAAUGAACACAAGCUGGAGAUCACCAUGCUAUCGCAGGGCGUGUCUAUGCUCUACUCAUUCUUCAUGCCUGCUGCCAAACUCAAAGAGAGGCUGGACCUUCCCAUGACGGAGAUCGUGACCAAGGUGUCCAAGAAGAAGCUGGGCAAGCACGUGAAGGCGCUGGUGUUCGAGCUGUGCUGCAACGACGAGACGGACGAGGACGUGGAGGUGCCCUAUGUCAGAUACACCAUUCGCUGAGCAGCCCCGCCCUGCCCCGCCCCACCCCACAAGGCCCACGCCCACACUGGAGAUCAGGGAGGAGGGAGGGGAGGGCUGCGGGGGAAGAGGGGGCUACAGUGGAACUCACGUGGGGUUGGUGGGGGUAGGGGGAGAUUUCACUAAAGCAAUGAGAACCAAUCAGAAAGCAUGGAAUUACAACUGGACGAGCCCCCUAAAAAAAAAAAAAAAAACAUGCACUGGGUGGGAUGGGGAGGCGGGAAC